UCUCAGUCUCCACUCACGCGUAUCCAUAUCCUCAUUGCAUCGCCGCCGCCUGUUCAACACUCUCCGGCCGAAUUCAGCGGGAAAAUAAAGAUCCGACAAUGCCUACAGUGAAUGUCGGAAGAGACCGUCUGUUCGCUGCUCUUGGAAAAACCUACACUAAGGAAGAGUUUGAGGAUCUUUGUUUCCGUUUCGGUAUUGAGCUUGAUGAUGUGACUACUGAGAAAGCAAUAAUCAGGAAGGAAAAACAUAUCGAAGAAGAAGCUAAGGAUGAUGAAGAAACCAUCUACAAGAUUGAUAUUCCUGCCAACAGGUACGAUUUGCUCUGCCUUGAAGGGAUUGCUCAAGCUUUGCGUAUUUUCAACAAGAAUCAGGAGAUACCAACAUAUAGGCUUUCUGACAUUGGCAAGGACCAGAUGCUUAGGAUGAGUGUUAGGUCUGAUCAGACGUCUCAGAUUCGCCCUUAUGUUGUCUGUGCUGUUUUAAGAGGCGUUACCUUCGAUGAGGCUCGUUACAACAGCUUCAUCGAUCUUCAGGACAAACUGCAUCAGAACAUUUGCAGGCGAAGAUCCCUGGUUGCUAUUGGAACUCAUGACUUAGAUACAUUACAAGGCCCUUUCACAUAUGAGGCCUUGUCGCCAAAGGAUAUAAAUUUUGUACCUUUGAAGCAAACUAAGAGCUUCAGGGCUGACGAACUAAUGGAAUUCUACAAGUCAGAUUUGAAGUUGAAGAAGUAUCUACACAUAAUUGAGAGCUCUCCCGUCUUCCCUGUUUUAUACGACAGUAAAAGAACGGUGUUGUCAUUGCCACCAAUUAUCAAUGGUGCACAUUCAGCAAUUAGCCUGCAGACAAAGAAUGUCUUCAUUGAAUGCACAGCAACUGAUUUGACCAAGGCCAAGAUUGUUUUGAAUACAAUGGUUACAACCUUUUCUGAAUAUUGUGAGAAGAAGUUUGAGAUUGAGCCUGUUGAGGUUACAUAUGACAGCGGAGAGUCAUACAUCUCUCCGGAUCUAGCUGUUUACGAUAUGGAAGUUCCUCUCUCUUAUAUCACUGACUUAAUGGGAGUCUCUUUGGAGGUGGAAGAGGUUACAAGUCUGCUGAACCGAAUGCAGUUGCGUGCUGAGCGAUCAACGUCUAGUGAGAGCCAAUGUCUCGUAAAGGUACAUGUACCCCCUACCAGAAGCGACGUGCUCCAUCCUUGUGAUGUUAUGGAGGAUGUCGCCAUUGCCUAUGGUUACAAUAACAUCCCGACAAGAAUUCCUGCUUCGAUAAAACCACUGCCUUUGAACGAGUUCAGCGAUCUUCUCAGAUCAGAGAUUGCAAUGAAUGUGUACACGGAGGUUCUGACAUGGAUACUGUGCUCGCACAAGGAAAACUUUGCAUUGCUAAACAGAGAAGAUGACAAUUCAGCUGUUAUAAUUGGGAACCCCCGGGGAGCUGAUUUCGAGGUAGUAAGAACGAGGCUAAUGCCUGGACUACUGAAGACAGUUGGUUCCAACAAUAAGCACCCUAAACCUAUCAAGAUUUUUGAAAUAGGUGACGUGGCCUUAUUGGAUAAAACAAAAGACGUCGGUGCAUCCAAUCGCCGUCAUCUGGCUGCACUACACUGUGGUGUUACUUCUGGAUUUGAGCUUAUACAUGGCCUCGUCGAUAGAGUCAUGGAAGUAAUGGGAGUCCCAUUUGUAUCAAACGGUGACAAUACAGGAUACUAUAUAAACCCCUCUGAAGAACCUGAGUUCUUACCUGGUAGACAAGCCAGUAUCAUUUGCAAAGGGAAACAUGUUGGUAACUUUGGAAUCGUGCAUCCUGAGGUUUUGAACAACUUUGACAUCACUGAUCCAUGCUCUUUCGUGGAGAUUGACAUCGAAGCUCUCCUUUAGAAAGCUUCUACUAUAUCUGGAUAUGUGCUCAAUUGUUACAAAAUUCUUGGUUUUAUUUGUUUUAAGGAUAAAGGGAGGAUUGGUCAUACAAAUUAUUUAGCUUUUUCGUUUGAUGGAUUAAAUUGUUUGCAGUUUCGCAUAGACAUGACUGUAAACUGGAGUUCAUUUGACAAAGUCUUGCCUGAAAAAAGAAUUUGUUGAGGAUACGAAUUUAUGUAUUUCUACCCGAUCUCUGUGUG